GCUGACACACACCAAGACUUCCCAAAUAUCAGCUGCACGUAUAAUCCAAGCUAAUUUGCCUUGAGAUUCUCGUGAGCCUUGUAUGAUCCUUCGAUUCAACUUCCUGACAGCCUAAGCAUACUAUUACUCUUCCUUUUACUUGAUAUACUUAGUUUUGUGCUCCAAAAUUCUCAGCAUGCCGGCCCAGACCAUCACCAACGGCGUCAACGGCGUCAACGGCCACGGCGGGGCCUCGAAACACGACGCCAUCAUCCAGACGCUCAACGGCAUCAAUGCGGAAUCGUUCGAGAACGAUGGCCAGCGCAUCGAAGCCGUCACAGCCGCGUACGCCCUGGUGGCGCGCCUCGAGACGCCGUGGGACUUUGUGUUGAGGCUUGUUAUGGGCCAGCCCGCUCUUGGCGCCGCGCUCAAGGUCGCCAUGGAUCUGCAGCUCUUCCAUGAGUGGCACACGGCCGGCGACGGAGAGAAGACGUUGGCAGAGAUCCAGGAGCUGGUGCCCAAAAUCGAAACCAAGCUGCUUUCCCGGAUCCUACGACACUUGGCGGCGAACCACGUCCUGGAGGAGCCGUCGGCGGGUGUCUUUAAGCCGACGGCGCUGUCCGUCUCUUUUACCAAGCCCGUGUUUGGCGAGUGGAUCAACCAUCUCUACGAUGCCACGCUCCCCUGCUUCUUCAAGAUGCCGCGCCACCUCGCCCAGACAAAGUACCGCAACCCCGUGGACCCCGAGGACGGCAUCUUCCAGUACGCAAAGGACUGCCGCGGCCUCGACAUGUUCCACUUCUACCAGCAGGACGAGAACCGCGCCGAGGGCGAGUCCUUCAACCACGUCAUGGGCGGCGUCAUGGCCACCCAGGCCGGCUGGCUCGACAUCUUCCCCCACGACACGCUGCUGGCCACGGCCCGGCCUGACGGCCCCGUCCUCGUCGACGUCGGCGGCAGCAUCGGCCACGACAUGGAGCGCUUCCGCGCCGCCCACCCGCACGUCGCCGCCCGGUUGUACGUCGAGGACCUGCCCGAGGUCGUCAAGCUGUCCAAGUGCCCGGAUCCCGUCAACAAGCUGGGCCAUGACUUUUUCACGCCCCAGCCCAUCAAGGGAGCCCGCGCCUACUACAUGCACGGCGUCCUGCACGACUGGUCCGACGAGCCGGCGCGCAAGAUCCUCGAGAUGCAGCGCGACGCCCUGACGCCCGGCUAUAGCAGCCUGCUGAUCCACGACCACAUCGCGCCCGAGACCAUCGCGCACCCGCACACCACGGCCUACGACCUGACCAUGAUGGUCAUGGUGGCCGGCGAGGAGCGCACCGAGACGCACUGGCGCGCCCUGCUGAAGUCGGCGGGCUACCGCGUCGUCAAGAUCUGGUCGUCGCCGCUGGCCGUGCAGCGCAUCAUCGAGGCCGAGCUCGAUGUCUAGUCCUAGAUGGUCAUGCAGGAUGAGUUGGGUUGGGGGUUUGCAGGCGUUAAUGUUCUUAUUUGGAGGUGUAUGUAUGCGUGGUUCUUACACCACUUGUCGAGGGGUCUCUUUUUUAGGUUGGAUCUCUAUCACAGCAGUCAGUGGUUACGUAUUCAAUGAAUAAUAUACAUAGCAU